AUGCAGAUGCACUACCAUUUCUACGAAACAAGUGGCCAUAUGUUCCAACCCUCAACCUGGAGGACCAGGAGACUUUUCAUCAGACCUCUAACUGUUGACCGACCUGGUAUGAGAGACUGCGUGUCGCGGGGACACCCCCAGUAUCGCUCAACAGCUUUUGUUCCACCUUUCUUACUGACGAACUGUGGGGAAUCGGUUGGGGCGCGCCAAUCAGUUUUCCGAUACACUUACUGUUUAGUAAUGUUUGAUGUAUACCUAUACGUAUAUGAUUUGUCCUGUGGUGUCGUAAAGGCCCUAAGUCCAAUUGCACUGGGCAAACAAAUUGAUGGGAUUUGGCAUACAAGCGUGGUCUUGCAUAAUAAGGAAUAUUUUUACGGAAGCCAUGGUAUUUCUUUUUGCACACCAGAACAUACGGUUUUGGGUAAACCUGGUCAGAAAGUUUACAUGGGCCAGACAUCUGUGACGGAAGCCGAACUAUCCAGCUACUUGGAACAUCUUGCACUCACUUCUUUCCGCUCUCUGCCUGCUGAUGUGGCUUCUACACCACUCGGGGCAGUUUUGGAAACCCUAUUGAACACUCUAUCAGUUGGUCUCAACAAUGUACCGCAGUUUGGCUUGGAGGCUACAAAGGAAAUAGGUGUGACUACCAAGUUGGUUUUAACAACCUCUAUUUCAGACACAAAUAAUCACUGUUUUGAAGAUAUCAGGCGCUCUUUUGUCCCCAUCUUGUUUGACGAACCCCUCUCCUCGGACAUACUUCCACAUCGCGUUCAUCUUCUGUGGUCUGGUGACGACCAUUCCACGAAAGCUGAGUUGGCUGUGGAUGUCACCAAGCUUGUUGUUGAAAGCCAAUCGUCUGUCAACCUGAACCCUGAGCACUACUCUCUGCUAGAACUGAGUGAACUGGAAACUGCGGAUCAGUGUCUAGUAGUAUGUGAGCUGUUUCGGUUGGCUUUGUGGCGGGAUCCGGAUUUACUUACAGCCAUGCUGACAGACCCCGACCGGCGCUUGCAUCGGUUGGCGGUGACCGAGUUACCCGUAACCAAUCCGAAUGAAGUGUUAAAUCUUACCGUGGCGAAGGCCAAAUUGUUGUGCAACUAUUUGGGUCUUUCUCAAGACUGGCCCCUGGAGGGCAAUCGGGAGUUAGUCGUCGAGUUACGACCGAUUCUUAACAUUUGUCUGCUACUUCUGGGACACGAUGAGCAUCAACUGCCUGGUCAUGAUUCUCGUACAUUACUGCCCGACCAUCGUUAUACUGGACUUGCCUUGGCACACAACUUGGCGCUGAAUAUUCAGCUGUCAGACGAAGAGGCCUUGGAACUCGGGACCUAUCUUAUUCAUCUGGCUGUUGUUCAGGACAAGUCCUACAAGCAGCCUGUCGAAGCGACCUACCUUCUGCGCUCUAUAUACUUCCUUGUGGUUCGCUUUCCGAUUCUCGCUGACCUUGCACGUACUUACGAUCUUUGUGGCUGCUUAACCGUUGUGAUGAACGAAGCGACAAAUCCGGAAACCGCGAAGUUAGGGACGAGGCCUGGAAAAUCUGUUCCUGUGUCUUCAUCGAACGGCAGCAAUGGUGUUGUGAACGUCGAGUCGACAAGCAUCGAUUAUUUAAUUGUUACGCAUUUGUUGGACUAUCUUACACUCGAGGACGGUCAAGCAGUGUGAUUCUCACUUCAUGAUUUUCUUUAUAUCAAAAGAAUUUAACUAACUUAGGUUACAUUUUCGCCGUUUAUUUUCUUCUUGACGGAAAACUUGCUUCUCACUCUGUCCACCUCUGGGCUCACUUGUGAUGGCUUAAUUUGUUUUGCUCAUAUACACUUGUGUUCUGUCUUCACCAGAAAGUCAUUUCUGA